AGUGUAGCUCUUGCUCUUGGCCUCUCAAUCAAAAUCUGACUCCGUCUGAACAACUCUGGAAUCAUCAUGUCGCGAAGUGUCUCAAUGCGCCGAGAGCUUUCCGCAGGGGUUUCACGACAGCGUCGGAAUGGAGCUGCUAAUGUUGGCUCAUGUCACUGCCUCGCCGCGAAGGGGCCACAGGGCACAAGUAGAACGUCUGUAAGCCAACGAGGGUUCUCUUCAGCGAGCUCCACGUCUUCGUGCUCCUCUACUAGGCGGUCGAGGAACGCGAACGGUGCUGGCGCAUUUGCACUAUCGCAACCAUGUCGAAGCUUUGCGCAGAUCGAUGCCUUAGCCAGCCAGAUCCGAGAACAGCAGGCCAAUCUCGCAAACUCAGUGCGUGCAGGGGAGGCUCCCAACGAAGACAAUGUCAUGGAUUUAGAUGCCGAACUUCUGCUUUACCAAGCUGAUGGCAGAACUUCCA